UGACAAUUAUCAGGUUAUGCUAUAGCUAUAGCUAUACCCAUCUCACUCACCAAUUUAAACUAACAAAAAAUUAAAACAAAUCCCAAAAUACGACACAACGCAAAUUUACCCCUUUCCACCCUCAUCUUCAUCCUCCAUUCAAGUAACACAUCACAUUCGAUCGGUGACAACAUUCAUCACUCAACAAUCCCAAACAUUAUUAAUUCAAUGUGACAAAUCUUUUCACAUUCUUCAAUUUCUCACAAAUUCAUCUCAAAAUACAAAAUUAGGGUUUCAAAUACAGACUGUUCUUCAAAUGCCAAGCGUUGCUGUCAAAUUAUACAGUGUCUUCUUCAAAUUAAUAUUAAAACGACGGUUACAGAACCGAAUCCAGAACCCUAAUUCAACCGAUGAAGCCACCAGUUCAUUCGGCGUCACCUCACGCCCGGAAGAAACAAUCGCCGCCGCAAAUCCGUCCUUCACCGACGGCGUUGCCACCAAAGAUAUACAUAUAGAUCCGUCUUCGUGUUUAUCUAUUCGUAUUUUUCUGCCGGACACGUGUCUGGUAUCGCCGGAUUCCGAUGCUGCUAGGGUUAGGGUUAGAGGUACGAGAUCUGAACAUGAAUCUAGAUUUGUUCGUACGAAUUCCGGCAAUGGAAAUUCCGGCAACGGUGGUUAUCGGCGGAAUAGUUAUGGAGCGGUUGAGACGUAUAAUGUUGCUGCGAGUUCGAGUAACAGGAGGAGUAGUUAUUCUAAUGGUUUUAGUACAGAUGAUUUGAGUACGAGUUCGAAAAGUUCGGAAACCGGUGCUUAUAGAGGUUAUUCGCCGUUGUUCGGUGGUGGUCAUAGAGGUAGGAAACUGCCUGUGAUGGUGCAGUUUCAUGGGGGAGGGUUUGUGGCAGGGAGUUGUGAUUCAGCAGCGAAUGAUGUGUUUUGUCGGAGGAUUGCGAAAGUUUGUGAUGUGAUUGUGGUGGCGGUUGGGUAUAGGCUGGCGCCUGAGGAUCGGUAUCCGGCUGCGUUUGAGGAUGGGGUGAAAGUGAUGCAUUGGUUGGCGAAGCAAGCGAAUUUGGCGGAGUGUGGGAAGUCGUUGGGGAAGAAGGUUGAGUCGAGAAAGGCGGAUGUUCAAGGGCAUGUUGUGGAUGCGUUUGGGGCUUCUUUAGUGGAGCCUUGGCUAGCUGCACACGGAGAUCCAUCGAGAUGCGUUCUUCUUGGGGCGAGUUGUGGCGCGAACAUUGCCGAUUAUGUAGCUCGCAAAUCAGUGGAAUCCGGAACACUACUGGCCCCAGUUAAAGUGGUGGCCCAAGUUUUGAUGUAUCCAUUCUUCAUCGGAAACACUCCCACGCAUUCGGAGAUAAAACUAUCAAAUUCUUACUUCUUUGACAAGUCAAUGAGCAUACUUGCAUGGAAACUCUUCCUCCCAGAAGAAGAGUUCAACCUGGACCACCCUGCAGCCAAUCCUCUAAUUCCCAACAGAGGAGGCCCCCCUUUGAAGCGAAUGCCACCGACAUUGACGGUUGUGGCAGAACAUGAUUGGAUGAGGGAUCGUGCCAUUGCUUACGCUCAGGAGUUAAAGAAGGUAAACGUUGAUGCACCAGUUCUGGAUUACAAGGAUUGUGUCCAUGAAUUUGCUACUCUCGAUAUGCUUCUUAGAACACCUGAAGCACAAGCAUGUGCCGAAGACAUUGCCAUAUGGGUCAAGAAAUAUAUUUCAUUAAGAGGUCACGAGUUUUCGUAUUAGCAUACGGAUGGAUAUACACAUAAAUUGUCGGCUUUUAAUUCAUGAGUUUUUUUUUUUAUGAUACAUAGAUUAUGUUAGGUUAUAUAUGUUGAUUGACCCCGCUGCAGACGUAUUUGAUCUUUCUCUUGUAACAGUGUUGUAAAAUUUGUUCUGAUGGAUUACAUUGAAUGAAUGUGCCAACUUGUGUUGGGGUUUAAGUUCUUUUCA